AUUCACCAACUGAACGGCAUGGAGAGUGUUUUGCUGUGCUCGUCUGGAUUUUCGACAUCAAUUUGGUCAGUUGAUGAGGAGUUGAAGUUGUUUCGCGAGAUAUCGAUUGCUUCGGGUAGCUGCAGAGCUCUUGAUUGGAAUCAAAAUAAUAACUAUAUCUUUUUGUGCUCAAGUAAUGGGGAUAUGUUUCUCCAGAAUAUCAAAAAAGAAACGCUCAUCAGCGCGAAAAACCAAGUAUCUGAAGAUGCACCAAUACCGAUUGUGAGUGGAAUAAUCUUAUCCGGGAGUCGCUAUGUGAUAACUGGCGAUGUAGAAGGUAAUAUCCGACUGUGGCCUAUUGCCAAAACCGGGUUUUCAGCUCCAGUUCUGGACGUGAACUAUCCAGGUUGUCAAAUCACCUGCUUUGUCGAGUACUCAACGACACUCCUGUACGCCUGCACCUCGCAAGGAAACAUCAUCGAAGUGAAUUCCCGAAACUAUCGCAGUGAGCUAAUCGCCACCAUCGAGAACGAAUCCAUCCUAAGCAUCAUAAACGAAAACGGUACUCUCUUCCUCAGCACCUCUUCUGGAAGCAUCUACCGCAUGCUUCCCCUCAUCAAGCGCUACACACUCGUCUAUUCCUCCGAAUCCUCCACGCCUCUCCAUCUUUCUUUCUCCCUUUCCUCCCAACUCAACUGCGUGGUGUGCUACUCCGGCACUUCUCUCCUUCUCUUCAACCUGAAAACCAAUCAAAUCAUCGGAAUUCUCCAGACCCCCACCGCUAUUGUCGCCGCCGACAUUCUCAACGAUCGCGUGGUCGCAGCCACCGCUGACCAGCGUCUUCUCCUCUGGAGCGCGCUGAAUCUAUCGGCUCCUGUCGCGUCCGUGUUUACGACGCAGCCGAUCGCGACGCUGCGAUUCAACCGAGUGCUGCGCAGCGCGUCGAGACAGACGUCGACGUUUUCGACGCCGCAGAAGCAGAGUAAUGCGAUGGGGGAGUCGAUGGGAACGCUGCCGACUUCGUCGAUUACAUCCACGCCGUCGAAGAUGCUGGUGGAAGAGACGGAGCGGAGAGAAGAGAAGAUUCAGUCGACGAUUCAAUCGAGAGGAGAGACGAUUUUAGAAGGUGUGGAGAGCGCGAAUCUGCGGGAAAUGUUGAUGGAAGUGGUGCAGCCGAUGAUAUUCGAACUUCAAACGUAUGUGCACCGCGAGGUUUCGGAUCUGAAGGCUGAUAUGAUUCGACAGUUUUCGGAUCAGGAGCAGAUCAUUCAGCAGCAACGCGAUCAAAUCGAGCUUUUGUUAUCGCAAUUUCAACAAAAAGGAUAG